CUGCCGACCAAUCAGCGUCGGUGAUUUCAAUCACCCCAGAUGUUUAUGUUAACAAUAACGACUUUUAAAACGGUUAAAAUUACUUAAAAUUCUCAAUUUUUGUACGUUUUUUUGUACUUAACUCACUAACCUAACUAGAACGAAUCUCUAUUAAGAAAAAUGUCAAGCGAUUCUGUCAAAAAUUUUUCAGGCCUGGAAACCCCCGGUUAUGUCGGUUUUGCGAACUUACCGAACCAAGUUCACCGAAAGUCGGUGAAAAAGGGCUUCGAAUUCACCCUCAUGGUAGUGGGUGAAAGUGGCUUAGGCAAGUCCACUCUAGUCAAUGCACUUUUCCUAACCGAUUUGUACCCCGAAAGACAAGUUCCUGAUGCUAUAGAAAAAAUGAAACAAACAGUGAAGUUGGAGCCCUCGACUGUUGAAAUUGAGGAACGUGGGGUGAAAUUGAGGCUCACGGUGGUUGACACCCCCGGAUUUGGCGACGCAAUCGACAACACUGACUCUUUUUCGGAAAUAAUCCGGUAUAUUGACGACCAGUUUGAGAGGUUCCUCCGGGACGAAUCCGGACUCAACCGGAAAAAUAUCAUGGAUAACCGGAUUCAUUGCUGUUUCUACUUCAUAUCGCCCUUUGGGCACGGCCUCAAACCGCUAGAUAUAGAAUUUAUGAAGCAACUUCACAACAAAGUCAAUAUUGUGCCAGUUAUCGCAAAGGCUGAUGUUUUAACAAAGAAAGAAAUGCAAAGACUGAAGAAAAAAGUCAUGGAUGAGAUCCAAGAAAACGGAAUUCGCAUUUACUCACUCCCUGAGUGUGAUUCAGACGAAGAUGAGGAGUACAAAGAGCAAGUGAGACAGUUGAAACAAGCGGUCCCGUUUGCCGUUUGUGGGGCUAACACGUUGCUGGAAGUCCGGGGGAGGAAGGUCAGGGGGCGGCUCUACCCCUGGGGGGUUGUGGAGGUCGAAAACCCGGAUCAUUGUGAUUUUAUUAAGUUGAGGACAAUGUUGAUCACUCAUAUGCAGGAUUUGCAGGAAAUCACGCAACAGGUGCAUUAUGAGAACUACCGGUCGGAGCAUUUGGCCAGAGGAGGGGUCCCCAAACGCAAUACGAUUGGUGAUGAUAAGAGUGCUGCAACUAGUGAUAAGGAUAGGAUAUUGUUGGAGAAAGAAGCCGAGUUGAAGAGGAUGCAAGAAAUGAUCGCUGCAAUGCAAGCCAAGAUGCACCAGCAGCAAUGAAUUUUUCCGAUUUGAAAUAUAUCGAAUAUUUUUACGAUUAGAGUUUUAUUUUUAAGAUUUUGUAUUGGUGUAUUAUAAUUGGAUGUUUUAUAGGAUGCCAUGAAAUAUAUUUUUUAGUCCAUGAA